CGCGCGUGCAAAUAUGAAAAAGUGGGGAAAAGUGCUCUGAUAAGGAACUAGCUGGAAAUGUGGUAUUUUUUAAACCUUAAGCUAUAAACACUUACUCACAUUCACUCAGGUAUUUUAUUGAGGUAUUUGUUUACCUUUUUGACGACGGACGUUUUGGUGUUUUGCCCUAAAUCCACCGCGACACUGUAUGAGUUUUGACAGGUUGUUUAUUUGGCUAGCUGGCUAACGUUUGCUAGCUUAAAACUUUUUUCUUAGCAAGACAGUGCUGAUGAGUGCUGAUAUUACCUAGACAGUGAAUUAAACUCAAAACACCACUGCUUAUUUUAUAUUCAGAAAUAAACAAAACUUCCCUGUCCAUCACAUUGUAAAUGUAAAAUUAUACUGGAUAUCACAAUAAGGACCUGGCUUUACAUUUUAUACUCCAUUGCAUUUCACUAAGCCAGUACACUGAGUUGAGAAACAUCUGUUAUUAUAUCUGGCUUUUUCAAUUUACACCUUCCAUCUCCUGGCAGGCAUGGGCUUGCCUGGACUAGGAUAUCUCAGCAUGGGCCAGUUUGGUGAUGUGAUUCAAUCUCAGUCAUGGCGCAGGAGAAAGAGACGAAGUGUCACAUUUAUGUUUUGACACUCCCAGUCUGACUGUCUCAGUCCUGCUCACUUGCUUUGCAAUCCAAAAGAAAAGAGAUGAUGGAGAGAGAGGAAGGAGACACCAGGGCACGGGACGAGGAAAGACAAGAUUAUACAAGAGUCAUGGAAGUGAUGACUGUGGAAAGGGAUCUUGAACAACCUGGGACAAUGUCAGAUCUGGAUCAGCGACAAUCUGUAGAAGGUGUGGAUGAACUGGAGUGCAGUCCUGAUGUGGCACGGAAAGGAUCAGUGUCAACUCAAUUUCAAGGACAUGGAAAUGGAAAAGCUUUCGAUGCCUGUACAUCUCUCUCUUGCAGCUCGUCUUCUUCCUCAUGUCCCUCUCCCCCUGCUCUCCUGUCCACUUUGUCUCUCUCUUCCUCAUCUCCAGUCUCUUUCAUGCCUUCACUGAAAUGGGAUGCAGUCUUAGCGGACGGGAGACUGGUGUUGGACGUGUAUCAGCGUGGGGGUGCAGUGAUGCCCGCUCUGUGGGAGAGUGCUCCAGAGCAGAUGAAGCUGGUACAGUAUGUCCGGCUGGGCUCAGAGGAUGAGGAAGUAGUGGGAGAUGCACUCAGUGUUCUCCCUCAUCUCACUCAGUUGCGCUCAUUAGCUAUUCGAGGUCACCGCUUCUACGAUGCCCAAGGUGACCCCCUCCCUGGCCUGUUGACCUCUCUUCCUCCCACGUUCUCCUGUUGCUCCCUACUUGUCCACCUGGAUCUCUCCUUCAAUCGCCUCUCUUCUCUCCCAGCCUGCCUGUUCUCUCUCUGUCACCUCUCCGAGCUCCUCCUCUGCCAUAACCUUCUGAUCAGCCUGCCUGCAGAGGUGGAUGGCCUGGUGGCCCUGCGCCGUCUCAGCUUGCUGGGAAAUAAACUGGAGACUCUACCUUCACAGCUUGGUCUUUUGGAUGAACUACAGGAACUGGACGUGUCAUUUAACCAGCUGAUAAAUUUGCCUGAUGAGCUUGGCCGGCUGAAAAACCUACUCACUCUGGAGCUCUCUUCCAAUAGGCUUCGAGAGCUGCCUGAGACAUUGGGUUCUUUAUACUCAUUGAGGGUGCUGGCGAUCCACAGUAAUGAGUUGCGGAUCAUCCCAGAGGCUUUGAAAUCUCUCCCUGAGCUAACCAGACUUGAUGUACGAAAUAAUCCACUGGGCCGACCCCCCACCCCCCCACCACUCCCUCCUGCACCAGCAGCUCAAACCGAUUCUCUGAUACCAGAGUUACACCUUGCCUUCAACAAACACAAGUUUUCAGUGUCUUCUGCUGGAUGUCAUGUGUUUCUCCCUGGUGGAGGAGAGCUUUUGUUUCCGCGGGGCUGUGUUAAAAGCUUUACACAGUUCAAAUGGGCGGAGAGAAAACCGGACAGGAAGUGGAUAUGGCUUGAGGAGCAUGAUUUCCUGCUAAGUCGUCCUUUGGAACUGCUUCCGCAUGGUAUUACAUUUGACAAGCCUGUAGAAGUGUGUGUUCCCUACCAUAGGACUCGUAGAGGAGAGGUGAUAGUGCGCAGGUAUGAUGGUCACUCCUGGAGUACACUACCCACACGGACCAGAAGAGGGAGCCACAAGCACAGCUGUAGGCCACAGGGCCGACCUGCCCGGUUAGCAUGCUGCACUGUGACGCACUUCUCCUGGUUUGUGGCUGUCUCUCGUCCUGUCAGAGACUGUUGCUCGGUUAUCCCAGAGGGAGCGCUGCUGGUGUCUCGCUAUGACCCUGGGAUCAAACUUACUUUUCCUCCAAACUGCACAACACAUGCGCGUGCUGUAACACUGCAGGUGCUGCAGGUAGCACAGUCUGUGGUACAGGAUCUGACUGGAGACUCACACGCCAGUGCUAGUCCUCUCCUCUGCCUCUCCCAAACUCCCAGCAUGCACUUCCUCCAGCCAGUCAAAGUGCAGAUCCCUCUUCCACCUGGACUUACUGGACAUACAGUGGAUAUGUCUAGGCUGCACCUGCUGCAUGGUGACCCUGUGGCUCACACCUGGACUGAUGUCACUGCUCAGGUGUCUCUAUACAUCACACAUCUCUAUGCCAUCUUUUCUGUCACACAUUUCUCAUGGUACUGGCUAUGGUACACUACUCACAGCUGCAUUAGUGGAGUGGUGAGGAAAGUGUACCACCGGCUAAAGCAGUUCAGGGUUCAGUUUCUGGUGCUGCAGAGAAAAACAGACCUCACACAAGUGUUACUGCAGUGUCUGCCUUCAGAUAAGAUUGACUGUAGGUUAUCCUCUCUAUCAGAGCAGUAUGAUGGUCCUCAGCCUUCAGAUGUUUGUAACCUGUUGGAAGGAGAGCAGUUCUUUGCUGGUUUUGAGAGAGGCAUCGACAUCGUUUCUGAUCGUCCAGACUGCAGAGAGGGUAGACUGGCUUUCACUUUCUAUUCUCACCUGAAGAACAUAAAAGAAGUACAUGUGUCCCCGACACAGCAACAAGAGGGAACUGUUCGAGGACAGGUAUCGUUCUACAGAGGCGAGGUCCCCAAUGACCUGCCUGAGGAAGUGGCUCGGAAAAGGAAAGGCCAUGACAACCAAUGGUUGGCUACACUCCCCCUUAGACUGCCUGGUGCUGACCAAGAGGGCAGUGUGUAUGGAGAACGGCAGUACCCUCCUCUAAACCUCGGUGAUCCUGAAAGUGGCUACUUGACAGAGACCAACUUGCUGGGCAUCUCCUUACGCAUCAGCAAUGACUGGCGCAACAUCGGCAUCAACCUGGGCAUCAGCUAUAAGGAGCUGGAUCGCAUCCAGUUCAAACACAGAGAUAACCUAGGAGCCAUGGUGUUAGAGAUGCUCUUCCAUUGGGCGAGAGGGCAGGAGAAGGCGGGAACUGGGGCGGUCCCACGGCUGAUCGAUGCUUUAAUUGAGAGUGGAAGACGGGACCUUGCUGAGGAAGUGGAGGAUAUAGUAAAUCUGGGGAAAAGGAAGUACACAGAGUCCUUGAAGAGAGUGGGCCUAGAGACAGAGACUCCUACAACCUCUGCUCAGUCUUAAUUAAGCUGACACACACCCAUAGGAGAGGAUGGAGACUUCUCCCAGGUGCCAGAAUGCACAAAUCACACUAAUGGUGCUGGCCGUUUAUAGGCUGUGCUUUUAAUAUUUUAAAGAGCCAAUUAUUUAAUACAAGACACGCAUACGUAUUUCUUUGUAGUCUCCCUCCUGUCAGGUUUUCCACUGUGUGACUGUUGGUAUGGCUGUGCUGCUAAAUCAGCUCCUCCCACAUGUCUGCUGAACAAACUUGGCCUCUCCUGAAGCAUACAACAGUCUUGUGUUCACUGAUUCCUAACUUAAACUGGAACCAGAAAAGUGCACUGAAAUUGCCACUGUGUUUCAACCAUUUUCUGAUUGUAUAUGGUUUCAUGUAAAUCAUGCCCAAGCUACACUAUAAAGGAUGCCUUCAGAAUCUGUUUAAUAGCCAGAAUGUUGUACAUACAGGUAUUUGACUUGGUUAGGAUCCUGUACAUAUAACACAACAGACAAGCAGAAAAACAAGAGAGUUUUUAUCGAGCUGCAGCGUUACAAUUUCCUCUUACUGGAAGUAAGCGAUAGAUCCCAAAAUCUGUUCCAGUAUGACAAUGGCCCUGUUUCCAAAGCGAGCUCCAUCACAACACGGUGUUUAAGGUUGAAGUAGAAGACUUUGGGUUGAAUGUGAACCCUGACUGUACACCAGGUCUCAUCAUGUGACAUUGGCGUCUGACCUCACUAAUGCUCCUGUAACUGAAUGAACUCAAACACAAAACCUUCAAAGAAAGUUUUUAUAAGAGCAAAAGGAGUCCAACACACAUUUGAUCAUACAGUGGAAAGGUGUUUGUGUGUGUGUGUGUGUGUGUGUGUGUGCUGAAAUUGUAAACAAACAGUUUAAAAUUGUUUUCAUAUGUCCGUUUAAUAAACUCAUAAAAAUG